AUGCAAUCGGAAGAGCAAGUCGCAAGUCAUUUUGGACAGUUACCUACUAUUGUGACUGAGCUGCCACAGCCAAAUGAAGAUAUGAGAAGAUACUCUCGGAAGCGAGUUGUAUAUUUUGGGGAGCCAGAUGACCGCCCGAGUGGUAGCAUCAAAAACUGUAUGGAAUCUACUAGAGCUAUCGGACAACCACAAACCAGUGACGAUGCCGCAGGUACAGUUCCCGCUCGAGGAUCAGUUGCAGCGAACCAGACACAGGUCUUAUGCAAAGCUAAAGAAAAUGCGUCGAUGUCUCUCAUUCCCAUGAAACUGAGAAACGAAAGCAAUUCCGCGCCAUCUACUCCUCGGCUUGCCCCUACAAAACUUCAGCAGAUUCGAAGUUGCAGCCCUCUCCGAAGAACUUCUUCAGAUGGCGUUGAAGACGUGGAACUCCUUGCGGAAAACAUUCCAUCCACUGAUUGUCGCGAAUCCGCCGGAGAAGAGACUUCAAGUCAGGUAUGAUU